AUGGAUGGCAUUCACCAGGUUGAGACCGUGUCCUCUGUGGCGACCUUAGGACCCAUCCUUCGGGAGCCGACUGUGGUGAAUCAGCCCACGGAAGUGGAUCGACGGGAGGAGUUGCUGGCGCGCCGGGUAACCGAGGGUCCACCCGGAGCGGGCGCACAGGUCAUUGCGCGCACCGUGAAUCCCAGCGCUGCAGACGUGUAUGCCGGUGCGGUACCUGCAGCUUCAAAUGGCGCGGCGGGUAGCACGACUUCUUGAAGUUGUACCUGAGCUGAUUCAUGAUCAGGGUCCUUGCCGAGGGCAGUUCCUAUCAAAUUUGUUCGGUUUUGUGUCUGUGACCGAACUUGAUUUUGUUGGACAACGACAGACAGUUACUCGCAGGCCAUGAGAGGCGAGCAAAGGGUUGAUUUUGUUGGACAACGAACAAUAGAGGAGCAACGGAUUGCGCCAUAAUGAAACUACGUACAGACGCUCUGGCAACUGCAUACUGAAAAUGGAUGUACUUCUUGAGAGAGGACUUCUCCGUGAAAUUGAAAUUCAAAAUUCAAAACAAGGUCUAGCUUUCACGGACGCUGAUGCAGAGCGGCAAGACCUUUUGUUGCGCAUACACAGCCAGGAUGCGCGCAUUUUGGAACUGAGACGACGGUGCAAGGCAGAGCGUGAGCAAAAGUCUAGAACGCUAGACGAGCUCAGGAAGCGCAUGCUCGCGCUGGAAAGCAUUGUGGUAAAGAACGCUACAUGACACUUUGUUUGACUGUAUUUUAAUCAUGCUAAUUAUCGCAUAAGUCGAGAAAAUAAAAAAGCGCAAAAUUUGCUUUUGGUUUUGGCAUCAACAUCACGUCUUUGCUCGUUAUCGUGCCUUCCGUGGUCAGCCGGGCAAUCUAAAUCAACACAGCUUGCCAGCAGGCUGGUACCCGUGAACGAGCCUCCAGCGCAGAAGGCCCCAACAGGCGGAAAAGAUCUUUUUCUGGAGCGAAAGACGACGCAAAAGUAUACAGCUUUUCUGGACUUCCAUCGCCUUGGCCUCCUGAAAAUACCGCAUUAAAACUUUUGUCUUGGAAACUUUCCGGUUUACAAGCUGUGCCGUUGAGUUUGCAUAACUAUUGCUAUUCAUCCGAGACCGGUGAAGUGCUUAAAUGCUAGAAGUAUCUUUUGCCCAUUUAUUACACAGAAUACCGGUGGGAACGCGACCAGCGGGUGGGACUGCGAGUGCGCCGGCGCAAGAAGGGAUGCAGCAGCCCCUGACAAAAACGACAGAUUUUUUCGGGCGACCCCUCGGGCCGAAGAGCGCAAAUACCCGAAAUAUCGGCACCAUGGCAAACGACUACAGCGUAUCGAAUGCAAAAAUGUCUGGGUCUGGAAGAAUGCAAGUUUGUGAUGCUUGUCUGGCAUGACUCGAGAAUCUGUGUUGCAUAGGCACGAAAGAGCCCUCUUAACUGUCAUGCGAAAAGGCAGUUUGCCAUGCGGAAUACGUAAGACAUGGCAGCCACAAAAUUUGUCAUGCAUAGCUGCGUAUUGCGGCGCGUCUAUCAUUCACUUUGAGCAUUACAAGUUUCCAGACCCAGACAUAUUUGCGAUCCAUACAGCGCGGCGCCGGACGGUCGCGGAGGCACGGUGUACAUCCGCACGCCACGCGGGGAGGGUGCUGCAGGAAGAGCAUAGAAAUAAUUCAGCGGAUCAUGUGGACCAACAGCGAAACGCCGCGACCACAGCUGCGAAGCGUUUUGUGCGGAAGCAUAGCACGACCCGGUGCGGGGCUUUUAGUUUUACAUACAACUUGUGGCUCGCGUCCUCUCGCCCGCGUCGUAUGACCCGGAGCGAUGGAGCGCAGGCGCACUCGCCGUUCGCCGAACCAAGCGCGAGUUGUGCUGUACGUAUGGAAUGCAUUUCCACUGCGCACCUACAUUGAUAACGGUUUCGAAGAAGAAAAAUUCGACCACUUGAUAGAGAAAGAGACCAAACGCAACGUUUUUGUUUUCCCAGGCGGCAGCACAAGCACUCCGGGGGCAAUGGAUGGUCCGCCCAUCGGUGCCUUGUAGGAGCUUCAUCUUCACUGUCACCACUCAUUGAACAGCAGCUUCGCAAGAGAGCUCUAUUCAACAU